AUGUUCCGUGGGCUGUACAACGGAAAGCAGGCGCACGUAGUGCUCUUUCGUUCAAAGCGCGCAGGAGUCGAUCGUAUGAUUGUCACAGCAGGAAACUUGAGCGACUGCAAGGAAGCACUGGAUCUUGCCAAGAAUCACGACGGGUUGUUCAUGACUGUCGGAUGCCACCCAACGCGCUGCUCCGAGUUUGAGAGCCACCCUGAUGGACCAGAGGGUUACUUCAAGGCCCUGAAGGCAUACCUCGACAACCCAGAGACAAAAGGAAAGGUCGUCGCUAUUGGCGAGUGUGGUCUCGACUAUGACAGACUUCAUUUCUGCCCAAAGGAGACUCAGCAAAAGUACUUUGAGCGCCAAUUCGACCUUGCUGAGUCGACUCGCCUGCCGAUGUUCUUGCACAACCGCAACACUGGAGAAGACUUUGGGAAACUAGUUACGCAGCACAGGUCGAGGUUCACACAUGGAGUAGUCCAUUCGUUCACAGGAUCUGUCGAGGAGAUGCAGCAAUAUCUGGAUCUGGGCUUAUACAUUGGUAUCAAUGGAUGCUCGUUAAAGACAGAGGAGAACUUGAAGGUCGCUGUUAGUGUGCCUCUAGAGAGAUUGGUGCUGGAGACUGAUGGACCUUGGUGCGAUAUCCGCCCUACCCAUGCCUCAUUCAAGCACUUGUCAAAAAUGACGCCAGAUCAGCAGGCUAUCUACAGCCCUCCUUCCAAGAAGAAGGAAAAGUUUGAGUCUGGGUUGAUGGUCAAAAACAGGAACGAGCCCUGCACCAUGGGACAAGUGCUUCAUGUUAUGGCGGAUCUACACGGCAUGGACCCCGAUACCCUUGCAGACAUUGUGUACAAGAACACGACCAAGGUCUUCUUCCCUGACAGUGCUGAAGACAGCGUGUCAGUGUGA